AUGUUUUCGGGUGUGACGGGGUUGAUCCAUAGGGGUCACAAGAUAAAAGGAACAGUGGUGUUGAUGAGAAAGAAUGUGUUGGAUGUCAAUAGCAUAACGAGUGUUGGGGGAGUUAUUGGGCAAGGUCUUGACAUUGUUGGUUCUGCACUCGAUACUCUCACUGCCUUCUUGGGUCGAUCCGUUUCUCUUCAGUUGAUUAGUGCAACCAAAGCUGGUGCCAAUGGAAAAGGAAAACUUGGAAAGCCUACUUUUUUGGAAGGGAUCAUAUCUUCAUUACCAACUUUGGGAGCAGGCCAAUCGGCAUUCAGAAUUCAUUUUGAAUGGGAUGAUGACAUUGGAAUUCCUGGAGCAUUUUAUAUCAAAAACUUUAUGCAAACUGAGUUCUUCCUUGUGAGUUUGACUCUUGAAGACAUUCCAAAUCAUGGAAGCAUCUACUUUGCUUGCAAUUCAUGGAUUUAUAAUGCCAAACACUAUAAAAGUGAUCGCAUUUUCUUUGCUAACCAGACAUAUCUUCCAAGUGAAACACCAGCUCCAUUAGCUAAGUAUAGAGAAGAAGAGUUGCAGAAUUUAAGAGGAGAUGGAACAGGAGAACGCAAAGAAUGGGAUAGGAUUUAUGAUUAUGAUGUCUACAAUGAUUUGGGAGAUCCAGACAAAGGUGAAAAUCAUGCACGUCCUGUUCUUGGAGGGUCUAGCACCUAUCCUUAUCCUCGCAGGGGAAGAACUGGUAGAAGACCAACAAGAAAAGAUCCUAAUAGCGAGAGUAGGAGCAAUGAUGUUUAUCUCCCAAGAGAUGAAGCUUUUGGUCACUUGAAGUCAUCUGACUUCCUUACUUAUGGAUUGAAAUCUUUAUCUCAAAAUGUUAUCCCAGCUUUGCAAUCUGUAUUUUUUGACUUGAAUUUCACACCCAAUGAGUUUGAUAGCUUUGAUGAAGUUCAUGGACUCUAUGAGGGUGGAAUUAAGUUGCCGACAAAUAUACUUAGCCAGAUUAGUCCAUUACCUGUGCUCAAGGAAAUCCUUAGAACUGAUGGAGAACAAGCCCUCAAGUUUCCUCCUCCCAAAGUAAUUGAAGUGAGUAGGUCUGCAUGGAUGACUGAUGAAGAAUUUGCAAGAGAAAUGCUUGCUGGUGUAAAUCCAAACAUGAUUCGUUGCCUUCAGGAGUUUCCACCACGAAGCAAGCUGGAUAGUCAAGUCUACGGUGAUCACACUAGUCAGAUAACCAUAGAACACCUCGAGCCUAACUUAGAAGGGCUCACUGUUGAUGAGGCAAUCCGAAACAAGAGACUUUUCCUACUAGAUCAUCAUGACUCAAUCAUGCCAUAUUUAAGGCGAAUAAACUCAACCUCCACAAAAGCUUAUGCAACUAGAACCAUUCUCUUCUUGAACGGUGAUCGAAAUUUAAGGCCACUUGCCAUAGAGUUGAGUUUGCCACAUCCUCAAGGAGAUCAAUCUGGUGCUGUUAGUCAAGUUUAUCUACCUGCAGAUCAAGGAGUUGAAAGUACUAUUUGGCUACUAGCUAAGGCUUAUGUAGUCGUGAAUGAUUCGUGCUAUCAUCAACUUGUCAGCCAUUGGUUAAAUACUCAUGCAGUUGUUGAACCAUUCAUCAUAGCAACAAACAGGCAUCUCAGUGUUGUUCACCCAAUUUAUAAACUCCUAUACCCUCACUAUCGUGACACCAUGAAUAUAAAUGCCCUUGCUCGACAAUCCCUGGUCAAUGAUGGUGGUAUCAUAGAACAAACAUUUUUGUGGGGAAGGUACUCUAUGGAAAUGUCUGCUGUAAUUUACAAGAAUUGGGUUUUCCCUGAUCAAGCAUUACCUGCUGAUCUUUUGAAAAGAGGAAUGGCAGUUGAGGAUCCAUCUUCCCCUCAUGGCAUUCGCCUUGUGAUAGAGGACUACCCUUAUGCUGUUGAUGGACUUGAGAUAUGGGAUGCUAUCAAGACAUGGGUCAAAGAUUAUGUUGGCUUGUACUACACAUCAGAUGACAUACUUAGACAAGAUUCUGAGCUCCAAGCAUGGUGGAAAGAACUAGUAGAGGUGGGUCAUGGUGACAAGAAAAAUGAGCAUUGGUGGCCUAAGAUGCAAACUCGUGAAGAUCUAGUUGGAUCUUGCACCAUCCUCAUAUGGACUGCUUCAGCACUUCACGCAGCCGUUAAUUUUGGACAAUAUCCUUAUGGAGGUUUAAUCUUGAACCGUCCAACUCUUAGUAGACGAUUCAUGCCUGAGAAAGGUUCUGCUGAGUAUGAAGAGCUAAUCAAGAGCCCACAAAAGGCUUACUUGAAGACAAUUACACCAAAGCUUCAGACCCUUAUUGAUCUUUCUGUUAUAGAAAUCUUGUCAAGGCAUGCUUCUGAUGAGCUGUACCUUGGUGAAAGGGACAAUCCAAAUUGGACAUCUGAUACAAAGGCAUUAGAGGCAUUCAAGAAGUUUGGAAACAAGCUGGCAGAAAUUGAGCAAAAACUCUCACACAGAAACAAUGAUGAGAAGCUGAGAAAUCGUCAUGGACCAGUUCAGAUGGCUUAUACUUUGCUUUUUCCUUCUAGUGAGGGAGGAUUAACUUUUAGAGGAAUCCCCAAUAGUAUCUCUAUAUGA